AUGUCUGCUGAGUCCAACGGCACGAAUGGUGCAAACGGCACAAACGGUGUCAGUGUCACCAAUGGCGUUCCGGAGACCGUGAAAAUCGCCGAGUCCAUCAAAGCAAAGGGUCCUGCAGUCGAGGUGCCAGUCGCUCUGACGGCCUGCAACUUGAAGGCCGUUCCCGCACUCGCGCAGUCCAUUGCAUCUCUGGGAGAGAAGGCUGCCUCCGGUAGUGAAGAUGCCCGUCUCGAGCUCGUCGAGCAUGCGCGAUCGCUGGUGCGAGCGCUGGAGACGCCCCGAGAGACCAUGAUCAAGCAUUGUUGGGCUCAGCCCGCUUCCGAUACCGCUAUCGCUCUCGGCGUCGACAUCGGCCUUUUCCACCUACUUGCCAAGGACAAUGGCAGCGCAAAGAACGCAAAAGAUCUGGCGAAGGAACUUGCUGUCGACCCUCCUUUGCUGUGCCGCCUCAUGCGCCAUUUGAGCACGAUGGGCCACAUCAUUGAGGUCGGACCCGACCAGUACAAGCCGACCAGCUUUUCCAACUCUCUCACCGUUCCCAUCAUUGGCGAUGGAUACACCUGCAUCUUUGGAGGAUGCGCCGCAUCGCUGUACAAAUUCCACGAGUACGCUCGCCACAACAACUACCGCACGCCCAACAGCAUCUCCGAUGGCUCGCUGCAGUGGGCCUACAACACCAAGCUCAACUUCUUCGAGCACCUGCAGGCCAACCCGCCGUACGGAGUGCAGUUCAACCACCACAUGGGCGGCUACCGACAGGGCCGUCCCUCGUGGAUGGACGACGGCUUCUAUCCGGUCAAGGAGCGCCUCCUCGACGGCGCCGACACUGCCUCCGACGCGGCGCUGAUCGUCGAUAUCGGAGGCAGCAUCGGCCACGACCUGGACGAGUUCCGGCGCAAGUACCCCGAUGCAAAGGGCCGGCUGAUCCUGCAGGAUCUCCCUCUGGUCAUCAGCCAGAUUGUCAAGCUGGAUGAGCGGAUUGAGAGAAUGCCGUAUGACUUUUACGACGAGCAGCCCGUGAAGGGUGCCCGCGCAUAUUACAUGCACUCUGUGCUCCACGACUGGCCCGACGAGGCCGACGUCAAGAUCCUGACCCGCAUCAAGGAGGCCAUGAAGCCCGGCUACAGCCGCCUGCUCAUCAACGAGAACGUCAUUCCCCUCGAGAAGGCGCAGUGGGAGGCUACGGCGCUCGAUAUCAUGAUGCUGACCCUGCUCAGCUCGCGGGAGCGCACCGAGGAGGACUGGCACACGCUGAUCGAGGCGGUGGCUGGCCUCAAGAUCACCAAGAUCUACACCCCUGCGAACGGUGUCGAGAGCAUUAUCGAGUGCGAGCUGGUAGCCUGA